CUCGCUUCUCGUGGGCUGCAGUCAACCUUCCAUCAGUCUGAGUCUGAUGUCUGAAUGGUCAGUUUGCGGCUGUUCCUGAACCCAUAACAAGCUGGGAGAAGAGUUUGAGCCAGAACAGCUGAGUUGAACCAGCCAGCAAGCGUUCAGAAAGAACAAGAAAGGGUUGAAGAUGAAAUGUGUCCAGGAGGAAAGAGCUGGGAUUGUAGCACUGUGUGUGUCAGCCCACAGGUCCUGUGAAAACCCCAGAAUAUCUGUGAAGUGGGCCUGGAUUUGGACAUUCUCAAGAGGAAAGUUUAAAGGAUGAUGGGAGGCCUAUUUUCUGCAUUACAAGCAUGCUGUUCCCUUCCCCUCCUCAUGGUGUAGGAAACUGACUGAGCUGCCAUUCUGUUCCAGCCUUGUGGAAAAUUAUUUUGAAACAGAAUCUUGCUAAGUUAUCCAAGCUUGCUUUCAAUUUGCUGACCAGCCUCAGGCUGGAAUUAACAAGUUCACACCACACUUCCUUCUUCUUGUGUUUGUUUUGAGACAGGGUCUCACCACGUAUCCCCUGGCUGGCCUCAAAUUUGCUAUGUAGACCAGGUUGGCGUUCAACUCCAUCUGCCUGCCUCUGCCUCCUGAGUACUGGGAUUAAAGGCGUGUGCCACCACACCCAGCGGUCUUUGAUUGUGGCAUAUUUACAAAAUUCUUAUGGUUUGGCAUUUGUUGGGGGGGCGGGGAGAAAAAGAGAGAGAGAGAGAGAGAGAGAGAGAGAGAGAGAGAGAGAGAGAAGCACCACAUUUUGUGGAAGGGAAGGCAGUAGUAGUAUUUGACACCAGGAGAGACCAGGCCUCUUGAAAUUUGGUUUUAUGAGAUAGAGUGGUUGUCCCUUUGAUCCAAGCAGCACUUGGAUCAAAGGCUUUGAGGCAGAUAUUGUUCAAACACUUGUGUGUGUCUUUCUGUGUGUUCACUUAAUCUCCUGUCUAUGCGAUGAGAAGACUGAAGUAGACCUUUGAGCAUGCAUGUCUCUGAGGUCCUUAAAACCAUGUACAGAACUCACUUACAGAACUGUGCCAUUUUCUCAUUUAGUCUAAACCAUCUUCUGGAGCUAUUUCACACUCAAGUGAAUAGUAUGGUGUUUAGACUGAAUUGUUAUACUUCAGGGAAUUGAUGUAGCCUGUCAGAGGCAGAGAUUUCUAUGUAAAUGUGAAGUUAGGAAGUUUUUUCUUUUUUUCUGGGUUUUGUAGCCCAGAUUGGUAUUAUAUUCCUGAUCCUCCAAAUUUCACCUCCCAAAUGUUGGGAUCAGAAGUGUUUGUCACCACAUUGGCUAUAUAUGUAGUAGUAAUUUUAAAGGUAGCAUUUUUUUCUUUUUUUAUCAACUUAUUAGUCAUAUUGUUUUGUUUCUGCUUUUCAAUGGAGUUUUCUUCAAUGAUGUAAGUGUUCCAUAUUGUGUUGUCCAGGAUUGCAAUACAGAAUUACUGAACAGUUAAAAAUGUUAGUAGUUUGAAUAGUUUUGAGAUAGUCUUGCUUCGGAGCUUAGGCUGGCCUGGAGCUUGUAUUGAUUUUCCUUCUAAGUAAGUGUUGCAAUUACAGGCUUGACCAAAAAAACCUUAAUUUUAACUAAAUGGAAUGCUUACUUACAUGACAUUUUAAUAUCUACCCAAGACAUAGCUUCUUAUUUGGUCUGACUGGGUCAAACUGGCCUCAAAUCCAAAAAUCCUCCUUCAGCCUCUUAACACUGGGUUGCACUGAGCCACCACAUCUAGACAGUGAUUUCUUUGUCUACACUCAAGCACCUUUUUUGUGCCUAUCACCAACCUAACAAGUUUAAUGUUAAAUUACAUACUGUGUAAAGAAUUUCUAGAUCAUAAUUAGGUCAAGAGUAGAAGUGUCUGAAGGUUAUCUGUGAUAAUGAACUUUAUUUUGGUUAUAAGUAAGCUCUUCUCUCUCUUUUUUUUAAAUUAAUAUUACAUCCCAACUGCAGUUUUCCAUCCCUCCUUCCUUUUCCUUCAGAAAAGGGCAGGCCUCCCAGGGGAUAUCAACCCAACAUAGCAUAUCAAGUUACCAUAAGACUAGGCACCGCCUUUCAUACAGGCAACUCAGUAGGAGGAAAAGGAUCCCCAAAGCAGGCAAAAGUCAGAGAUAGCCCCCUUUUCCCUCUGUUAGGAGUCCCACAAGACCAAGCUACACAAUAGAAACAUAUAAAGUGGGCCUAGGUCCAUCCUAUGACGACUCCCUGGCUGGCCAGCGGCCAAGUCCCUUUGAGUUAGUUAAUUAAUUAAGUUAGCUAAUUCUGCAGGUUGUGUGUGUGUGUGUGUGUGUGUGUGUGUGUGUGUGAGAUGUCACAAGAAAUCUCUUACCGCCAUCUUGUGGCCAACUGGGUUUUUUUUUCCUACUGUUUUCCUUUGCGGGAAGAGGGUGUUGGACCCCCUGGACUGCUGGGAGCUGCACUGGGAGCAAAACUUCAGUCUUCUGGGAGAGCAGGAGUGCUCCUAACUGUUGACCCUUCCCUCCAGCCUCAUGUUUUGCAGGGCCUUUGUAGCUAACCGCUGACUGUAGCUAACUGACCUUAUACUCGGUGUGUGACCGUAAACAUUCCAUCCUCUUGCCUCAGCCCGCUGGAACGACAGGUGUGUGACACCACAGCUGGCUUUCAGGUGCUGCUAAGCAGUCGCUCUGGCGUUUCCAUUUGGCUUCUUAAGUGAAAGCUGGACUCAUUUCCUUUGAUAACAGAGAAAUUUAAGAAGUACAAAAGAGAGCACCAGAUUGAUACCAACAACACUUCCUGUCUGGACCUUCAUGCUGUAAUCAUUGUUGUACGAUGAAUGAAAAAUGUCUGCAUUGUUUUAUGCAGCCAGCAUCACGUGCUCCCCAGCCGGCCCAUCACGUGCUACCCAUCAGGCCCUGCGGUCACCACGCAUGCGCCCUGGCAACUCCGUGGCACGAAUACAGUGUGUCUCCAUUUGUGGAAGGCCCGCCCCUUUAGCUUGUGUUGUUGCAGGAUUCUUAUUUUGGAGACUCAUCAUGUCUUUGUGUGAAGACAUGUUGCUUUGCAAUUAUCGAAAGUGUCGUAUCAAGCUCUCUGGUUAUGCUUGGGUCACUGCCUGCUCUCACAUCUUCUGUGAUCAGCAUGGCAGUGGUGAGUUCAGUCGCUCACCAGCUAUCUGCCCUGCCUGCAACAGUACCCUUUCUGGAAAGCUGGAUAUUGUCCGUACAGAACUCAGUCCGUCAGAGGAAUACAAAGCUAUGGUAUUGGCAGGGCUUCGACCGGAGAUUGUAUUGGACAUUAGCUCCCGAGCGUUGGCCUUCUGGACAUACCAGAUACACCAGGAACGUCUUUAUCAAGAAUAUAAUUUCAGCAAGGCCGAGAACCAUUUAAAACAGAUGGAAAAGAUAUAUACACAGCAAAUACAGAGUAAGGAUGUAGAAUUGACCUCUAUGAAAGGGGAGGUCACCUCCAUGAAGAAAGUUCUUGAAGAAUACAAGAAAAAGUUUAGUGAUAUCUCUGAAAAACUUAUGGAACGCAAUCGCCAGUAUCAAAAGCUCCAAGGCCUUUAUGAUAGCCUUAGGCUACGAAAUAUCACUAUUGCUAGCCAAGAAGGUUCCUUGGAACAAGCUAUGAUCCCACAGUCUGGUGUCUUUGGCUUUCCAUUAGGGAAUAGCUCAAAGUUUCCUUCGGACCAUACACCAGUUGUAAAUCGAGGUGGUGGAGAUGAAGAUGUUCAGUUCAGACCAUUUUUUGUGGGUUCCCCCACAGGACCUGAACCCAUUAACAAUUUCUUUAGUUUUGCUUCUCAAAGCCAUGAAGCAGAGCAGCAAGUCUACAGCAGGGCCUUUAAAGCAAAAAGAAUUUAGCUCAUUUCACGUUUCGAGACUCUCUGUUUUCCUACAGUUUUACUCUAGAUGAAAUGAUUGGCAUCCCCAAGUUCUCUUCUUCCAUUUUAGAAGUUGGCUUGCAGUAGGGUGUGCAGCUUCCUGUUUGGUUUCUUCAUUUGCUUAGGCAUGGGCAUUUCAUGAAUCUCAGUCUCUACGUUCAUCACUGCUCACAAUCACAUUGUUGCACAGAUCCCUGUUUCAGACUAAGCUGUGUUUAUGCUCAUGUAAGCACCAGUGGUAUACUUACAUGAUGCUUUGGGUUCUAGUAUAUAUAUGUUGUGUGUGCAUUGAUGUUUCUAUGCUAGUAUAUUUAUAUAAAAAUUAUGGUCUUGGAAAAUGAUGGCCAAAAAUGAUGGUCUUUGAAAACAGUUGUUUGCUGUUUGCAUCUAUUUUACACAGUCGUGGAUCUUUAUUUGUAUUAUUUUGUUUUGGA